AUGGAGGAGGUGAUGGAGGAGGUGAUGGAGGAGGUGAUGGAGGAGGUGAUGGAGGAGGCGAUGGAGGAGGGGGUGAUGGAGGAGGUGAUGGAGGAGGUGAUGGAGGAGGAGAUGGAGGAGGUGAUGGAGGAGGAGAUGGAGGAGGUGAUGGAGGAGGUGAUGGAGGAGGUGAUGGAGGAGGUGAUGGAGGGGGUGAUGAGGAGGUGA